ACACUCGCUUGCCGUUCCCACCUGUACCGCCCAGCGCACCUCGUAGAUCGAAUAUAUUCCGUUUCGCACCAUGUCGUCCAACAACGAGAACUCCGCCCCGCGCUCGCUGCCCAUCCCCAUCGGAGGCCGCCGCCGCUCCGGCUCUGUCUCCGAGGGAUCAUCGUCCUCCGACUCUGGAUCAGUUUCCCCCGCUUCGCCUCUGCAGACCCCCGCGUCAGGCACCCUACCCCGCAUCGCGCCUAUCACCCCGGGCACCUCCCCCAUCCUCUCCUACUUCCUCAGCCAGUCUCCCAAGUCUCCGACCGCGGCGACCUACCCCUUCCGCAGGGGCAUGGCGCCGCCAGUGUACGAAGACGACGAAGAGUUUGAGCCUGAGAAGCCUAUUACUCGGCACGGCCGCAGUGCCAGUACCGCUUGGCCGGCGGGAGACCGCUAUGCCGCGCCCGCAGUGCCCCCGGUUGGUCACCAGCAAGACCGUGCGGCGGGCCUCCUCCGUCGUCUGUCGCUCGGGGGGAACAUGGCAAGGCCCCAGAUUCCGGUCCCGAAGCCGGUGAAUGGUUCGGGUCAGGCGCCGCGCAGCACCACGCCGCCAGGCAUGAAGUCUCCCUCUGCGGGCAGCCCCAUGCGCAAGGCCCGGAGGUCGAACACUAUGGCCGCAGGCACUCCGCGUCCCCCGCGCGCUCCGUCCCCGAUGGGCGAGCGCAUCCUGAAGGGCCACUUCGAUGGCUUCAACUGAGCGGCUCGUCGCCUUAUCCCCCCACACACCGACACUCCCUAUCUCUCUUCACCCUACCGUCUCACGAUAUUCGGUGCUCCGCCCUGCGCUGUAUCAUACUCAGCACACUCUAAAACCCGCAGGCACGCCUCGUAAUGUGCUAUAGUGGGCGCUCCCGCCUCCCGUGUUGCCUCCCUAACGGCGUGCGGGAGCGCCGUGUUCUACUAGAACUCUAAUCGCCUACCCCCUUCUCUGGUCAUGGGCGAGCCUAUCCCCACACGGGCUCCCCACUACGGAAGGCGGCAAGGUCGGAGUCGGUUUCUUGAUCAAACCCUCCUGCCUCCUCCCUGCGGCCACGGUGGCGCUGGUCACGCUGGCCGUCCGGCUGACCACCGCGCCCUGCCUCGGGGAAUGGAAUCCAUUCAUUCCUCCUCUGGCAUCAAUCAUCCUGUGUAUGUAUGCUCCCACCUCACGUCCAGUAUGUGUCAUCUGGCGUCCGCCCCUCGUUUGCACUGCACACAUGUCUCCUUGCACUCUGGGUCGCAAGAAGUUGUAUCACCGUGUACUCGUAUUUAUCGACUUUGUUUCGCCGAUUCUGCUUCCUUUUUUUUGUACUUGUACAUCAGUUGGGUUUCCUGUACGUACGCCUCGUCUCCGUCGUGUCCCAAAAUACGAUCCGUUUCACCAUCC